AUGCGCUUUUACGCCUCGUUUUCGCUGGCCCUUGGGCUUGUGGCUGCUAGCCCUUGCAAGCCACCGUCUUCCACCGUUGUGUCAGAGGCUAUUUCAUCAUCUGUUGCGACCGACAUCUCGAGUACGCUCAUCGAGUCUGCUUCUUCCACGAUUGACUCCACCGCGACGACUACUGAGACCGAUGUCGUUGCAACCUCGACCUCGGCCGAGUCCUCUGUAGUCGAGACUUCGACUGCAAUUGGCUCGACGAGCACCGACUACACCGAAGUCAGCGUCUCAACAACUGAGUCUUUACCCGAGCCGACCUCUACUGGUACGACUGGUACGACUUCUGAAGCCACUGCUCCAAUCGAUACGACUACAGCCCUCACAACAAAGGCUUCAUUCGUUGAAACAACUACAGCUGUCGCUACCACCACCACUUCCGAGGCAGUUCCAACAGGUUUUUUCCUCGUCGCGGGUGACGGUCCAGCUCUAGGAGACAAAGUCAAGUCCAACGGCGACAGUUUCACUGCCAUGGUAUUCGGCGACCGUGGCUCGAGUUUCAACCCCGUUCGCUUCCUAGUUGACGAAACCAGCGGCGAGCUCCAACAGGACGGCGUGACCGUCUGUGCAUUCUAUCAAGCCGGGCUCCCUUACGCCAUGAUCACGCGGUGCGAAAACGACAGCCUCUACUACGGCAGUGUCCCUCUCAACUGUGCAUCAUUUGGGGCUCCUGGCACCUCUAUCAGCUGCAGUGCUGUGAAAUUGGACUGUCAGACAACUGGACCGGGUUCCUCUCAGGCGUGUACAAGAUCACAGGAUUCCGAUUGGGACACGUUCUAUAUCACUACCAGUGGUGAUUAUGUCUGGUAUCUUAGCUCGGGGACGUUGCAGAACGACUUCAUGACCAGGGUUGAAGUGUUUGUUGAUCAUGUUGAGGUCAGCCCUCCGGUACAAACAUAA